UUUUGUGGCCGCCGAUUGCCCUUAUCGAUAAAUAUCACGUGCAAUUGAAUUCCUCCGCAAUAUCACGUGUGGGGCCUGUGGCAGAAUAGGGAAUGACUGAUAGUUGCGUCAUGGGUCACUGACUUGGUGUGCAUGAACGAUCGAUAAUUCCAUUUAUCGUCCGUUAAGAUGCGACACCAAACUCUCACGCCAAUCUUUCUGGUCUUUCUAAUAGUUUGCGCAGUACUAAUAGCUCAGAACCCUCCAGGCCUCCCUCUUCGCAAGCGUCUACCGCGUCCGUUUGUCGAUCUACCUCAUUUACGGCACGAGCGGCACCUACAAGAGAACAGCGAACUAAAGCAGUGGUUGCACAAUCAACAGCCCAUUAUGACCCCUAAUAUUGCCAUGCCGCCUGAUACUGGCUCUAGCGGAGGGAGCAGACUUGCUCAGGAUUCCGGCAAUGACGGUCUUGUGAUAUCUGAUGUUCUUCCUAAAAAUCGUGGCAUCAAUAUCUUUGCCUCUCUCACAAGGGAUUUUGAGCCUAUCGAAUCUCUAUUUAAUGAUGCGACGAAGAAUUUAACCGUCCUUGCCCCUCGCAACAGUGCAGUUCAGGGUCUUCCGCGUAAGCCUUGGGAGAACCCGGAUGAUUAUGAACAGUUUGGGGAGGCGAAUGCGUAUGAGGGAGAGGAUGGCCAGGACCGCGCGAAACGCAACCUAAAGCGUUUUGUAGAGGCCCAUAUAGUACCCAAGAGUCCCUGGAAUAAAGGGGAUGAAGUAGAGACCCUUGGGGGUGACAGGCUGAAAUGGACGAAAGAUGGAGAUAAGAUCUUUAUUCAACCUGGAAAUAUUGAGGUCGACAGUAUUGCAGAGCAAGUUUCAAAUGGUGAAGUAUGGAUCUUAAACGGUGUUAUCAAUUACCGUUGAAACUCUCUUUACGAAUUCUGUGGCGAUACAAACAACGUAGAUAUAAUCUGGAAAUGCUGUGGCCUUUUCAUAUCGUAAUUUGAAUUAAAGCCGAGUGUACGCGCAUUUCUUAAGCAGCAGGUAUAACACAGUGGAGCUUUUGGAAGAAUGGGCU